UUUAUGCCUAGCAUCUAGAAAAAAAUGCAUAGGCAAACAACGUAGACUCAGAUGAGACGCCACAUGAUGUGGCGUCUCAUCAGGUCUGCGCUGUUUGCUUAAAGGAAUUUCUGUAAGAAAUAUUAAAGAAAUAAAUAUACAAGACAUCCCUAAUUUUGUAAAAAAAAGAUCCAAUUUUGGGCGUGUUUUUAUGCUCAUAUAUUAAUGUAUGUUUGGUCAUUCGUUAAUUUCGGUAACUGAAGCGAGUAAAUGUAAAAGAAACAAAACUAGUAUAGCUUUUUUGUAGGUAACUUGAAAGGGCAGACACAGACAACCGUUCAAAAAACGUGAAAUGUUAUGCAAUUACUGAACGAGAACAUGCUUUUUUAUUGGUUCCUUAUACCAUUAAAAUCAAUCACUACAUCACGUGUCACUCAUUAUGCAUUUCAUUUUACGCUAUUCAUACUUUUUUUAUUCUUAUCGAUAAGCUCAUUGAUAUUUAGCUAAGUCAGUAAGUGUUAAAUAUUUUUUGUUUUACCUCGCAGCAAGUUCAUCAAAUGAUCCUGUCACUGGUCGAUUUCUUCUUGAGAGAAACACUUUCAAUGCAUGAAUUGACCAUAACCUAAACGUCUCCAAGGUCAUGUCACUUAAAUCAUCCAUUCUGUAAGUUAUUUUUACAUUUACUACGCUCUAAUAACGAAACACAAAGACUUCCCGGAUGACUAACUAUUACAAAUGGCGGCUACUCGGUUUUUUACUCGUACAUCCGGGCACUUGGAAACCGUCGACAAUCGCCCACUUCGAAACUGUUAAUCCGUGUAUUUAUACACGGAUUAACAGUUUCGCAAUGCGCAUGCGCAAAACCAACUUACCUGGAAGAGUUACUCCGCCUGAAUUGCGAGUAAAAAUAUUGUUGAAUCUCGAUAUGGCUUUAACAUGUUGCGUUCAAAACUGCUCUAAAGGGGCAUACUGGUUAAAUAAAUGGAAGAAACAACUGUGUGACGUCUGUGGAUGUUUGCACAAAGAGAGAGACUGUAAAUGCGAUCCGCCAUUCAGACUAUUCACUUUCCCAACAAAGAAAAAGAAUCCAGAGCAAAGGGAAAAAUGGAAACAGCUGGUAGGAAGACGUCAGGGCAAUGGACAACUCUGGUCACCAGGCAAAGACAGUCGGGUUUGUUCGGAUCAUUUCACAGAUGGAGAACCAACCAUAAAUAAUCCAUUGCCUACUGUCAGCAUGGGAUAUAAUGAAGCAGAGAAACGAGUGAAGAGAAUGACACAGUUUGAGGCGACUAGCACAAAACAUACGAAAAGGCGUAGACAAAUUAGUGCAAAAGACAAUGACCAUGCGUCUGAGGAAAAUCUUGUUGCAACACCUAUUUAUGAUGACCCAGAGGUUGAGUUACUUUCCCACACUUACAAACUGCCAUGGUUUGUUAAUUUGUUGGCUGUGUUUGUUACUCUGUGUUUACGAAUCAGUGAACAGAACAAGCAGAUUGUUAAGUUGAAAGCCGAGGUGUUCAUACAGAAGCAAAUAAUAGACAGGCUUAAGAAUACUGUGUACAGUGAGAAAAUACUUAAGACCGACGAUGAUGUUCAGUUUUACACUGGUUUGACAAACAAGUCUCUGUUUAACAAAUUACAUGAGUAUAUUUCACCAUUUGUUACAAGAAGGUGGACUGGUGUUAUGUCAAUGGCCAAAAAUGUUAGAAAAUUAAAAUCCAAAUUGUCAGCCCGUUCUGGUGCAAAGUUUGGGCCGGAGAGAAAAAUGUCAUCGAGGACAGAAUUUUUAAUGACAUUAAUGAAGUUAAGGCUAGGGCUGUUAAAUAAAGACUUGUCCAAGAGAUUUGAUAUUUCGGAAACUUUAUGCUCAAGAAUUUUCCUUGCAUGGCUUAGGGCAUCAUUCGAAGUCUUAAAGUCAAUGGUGUACAUACCAAACGAAGAGUCUUUGAUUGCCUCUAAACCCCAAAGAUUCCGGAAAUUUCCAGAUCUGCACUCGAUUAUAGACUGUACUGAAUUAUUUAUUGAAACGCCCAAAGACCCUCAUCUCCAGAGCGCAACUUGGAGCAACUACAAAAACCAUAACACAAUGAAAAUUCUUGUCGCGUGUGCUCCUAAUAGUGCAAUUGUGUUUGUUUCGCCUACAUACCUCGGUAGAAUUUCAGAUAAGGCUCUAACAUUAGACUGUGGGUAUUUGGACAUGUUGCCUACAAACUCCAUGAUAAUGGCAGAUAAAGGAUUCAACAUCACUACGGAAUGCAUGCAACGAAACAUAAGUUUGCAUAAGCCACCAGGCAAGCGUGGAAAUUCUCAGAUGUCAAGUGCUUGUGUACAAAAAACUAAACGAAUAGCAAAUCACCGAAUUUUAAUUGAGCAGGUAAUCAGGAGAUUAAAAACAUUCCGUAUACUGGCAAAUGAAAUUCCAAUUUCACUUGUGGAUCACAUAGAUGAAAUGGUGAUGGUCUGCUCUGCCCUAUGCAAUAUAAAGGUACCAAUAUACAAAUCGUAGUUGGAAGAUACAUGUACAUGGUUGUCAUCACUGGAUAGUUUCCAUAAACUGUUGUACAGAAUGUGUUUGUGUUGUUUUUGAAAUGCAAUUUUAUUAUGGGCAUGGAAUGCAUAGUUGUCGGUUACAUUUUCUUGUAUAAGAUAUUGAACUGCAGAAUAUGUAUUUGACAAUUACAUGUUUUUAAAACCUACUUGUUCAAUUUGCAUGAUUGUUAAAGUUCUGUUAUUUCAAAAUAUUGCAGCAUUGUAUGUAAAAAUAAUCAUUGUAUGUGAAAAUAAAUGGUUAUUA